GCAACAAACAAUAUUUGUAGACUACUAGAAAAGCCGCGCUCCCAACCAGAAAGACCCUCAGCCCCCACCAAGGAGGAGCGAAGAGACUCCUUCCGCAGGCCCGUCCUACGGCACCUCCGAUUGGCCAGGAAGCCAAGGCAGGCGUGGCUAUCGAAAACGGGGUGUCGAUCGGCCGUAGCGUUGGUUUUAGAGCCGGAGUCGGUGAAAGGAGGCAGCGAUGGCGUACGGCGGCCUACUGGUGCCCAUCAUCGUCAUGAGCGUUUUCUGGGGGGUGAUCGGCGGAGUUUUGCCGUGGUUGGUCCCCAAGGGCCCUAACCGGGGUGUUAUUAAUACAAUGCUGGUGAUUACUGCUGUGUGCUGCUACCUAUUCUGGCUGAUUGCCAUUCUGGCUCAAUUGAACCCACUCUUUGGACCACAGUUAAAAAGUGACACAAUCCUGUAUCUGAAGGAACAGUGGCCUUAACCAUUGCGUCUUUUUCUAUGGCAGUAUAUGAGCUAGGUUAUGAUAAAGUUCCUUUCAUUGAAUGAUGCCUUUACUGUAUUUUGAAUCAAUCCAUGUCUACCUUAAUGCCUGUGUUCCAUUAUGAAGAAUAUUUAACUCAGACAUUUUUCAUACUCCUGAAGUGCCUAACGGGUAUUUUGUACCUGAUUUCUGUAAAAGUUUGCUUGAAUUUCAAGUGUUACAAAAUGUUCUAUCAUUCCUAUGAUGGCUAGGUUUAUUGACAAUACCCUAUAUCUCACCAAGAAAACUUGGAAUAAAUUUCUAUUCUGCUUAC